AUGGAGCAAGAAUAUAUACAACAUGCAUGGGAAAGUUUUUCACAAGCCGAUAUGUCAAUAACUAAGGAGAAAGAUGGUGCAGGACUUGGACUUACAAUUUGUAAAAAUUUAGUAGAAAUUAAUGGAGGAGAAAUUAAUGUGGAAAGUAAAGUGGGAAAAGGAAGUAAAUUUUCAUUCACGUGGAAUGUUGAACUAUUAAAAAUGGCAUCUUUACCAAUAGAAACUCAAUUCAAUGAUCAAAUAAUUUAUGCGUCACCUAAUUCUAUAAAAAGCAAACGUAUAUUAAUAAUUCAUCCACUUGAAAAUAUGAGAAACUCAAUGUUGAAAUAUCUUAAAAAAAUUGAAAAAGUUGAUGCAUUCGAUACUUUUGACGAAGGUAUUAUAGCAGCAAAAACAUAUAAAGAAAUAAAUAGUCUAUUUGCUUAUGAUAUAGUAUUUAUCGGCCUUUAUGAAAAUAACAAAGAAGAGGUUAUAAAUGCUGUGGUAGAGUUAAAAGAAAUUAAUGGUAAUGACUUAUCAAUAAUAUUUAUAGUAUUUCAAAGUGAUGAAGGAAUAAUGUUGGCAAGAGAAUUAAUGAGAAAAGCUUCAGGAACAACUUCAGUUAUUUAUACUCCAAUUACCUGGAUCAA